UGAUGCUGCUAAGGAGAAUCGUGUCAACUCGGGCAGUAUCAGGACCACUGAGGUAUGAUCCGGAGAGUAGACGGGGAGGUCGGGCUACGCCUACGUCAGGAGGUUUGCUCUGUGUGUGUCUGACUCGAUUUCGUGGAAAAAAAGCGCACAGCCAUUCAUAUCUACGGGUCUCCCUGUCUGAAUUGAAUGACUGGCCCUCCUGUCUCUUUUUUUUUUGUUAUUGGUGCGAUCGAGUCUUUUUGAAAGAGAAUUUUCAGGCUGUGCUCUCACAGCUAGAAAGUUGAAUCGGAGCCUACGAAAUAAUGCUGAAGUUCGAAAGUAAUGCCCAACUAUGCUAAACCGGCUGGCAAGCCUGCAUUGUUCGGAGGAGCCCAAGUCCUUUGUGCUUUCAUCCCUCAGCUCAUCCCGUGCUGCUUUGUCUUUAAUUUGCCGUGCGAUACAGACGGGUAGUGCCCAGCCCCGCCUCCCAGCAGUCCCACAACUGGAGGCCGACCUAGUCAACAUGAACCUGCAUGGCGCCAGCGGAGGCCUCGACCGCUGCAGGGACAGUGACCGCCGGCGCUCCAGCGACCGCUCCCGAGACUCCUCCCACGAGAGGGGCGAGGGUCAGCUGACCCCUUGCAUCAGAAACAUCACCUCUCCCACCCGACAGCACAACAGUGAUCGUGAGCGGGGCGAGGGUGGUUCUUCCUCCAGGUCGUCAAGCCCUCGGCCGCCCAGGGCCAUGAUGUCGGUGGGGCCCAGUUGCAUCGCAGUGAGCAGCAGCAGCCUGUUCAGCAAAGAGGCCCACUGUAAGGGCCUGGGCCACGGACACGUCCACGGCCCCUGUGACCUCAUCUACGUCUAUGAGAACGCCAAGGAGGGGGCGCGCACGUUGCGGACGGCCGAGAGGGUCACUCUGAUCGUGGACAACACCCGCUUCGUGGUGGACCCGGCUAUCUUCACUGCUCAGCCCAACACCAUGCUGGGAAGAAUGUUUGGAUCCGGGAGGGAAUACAAUUUUACCAGGCCCAAUGACAAAGGRGAAUUUGAGGUGGCAGAUGGAAUCAGCUCAACUGUUUUUAGAGCUAUCCUGGAUUACUACAAGUCUGGGAUAAUCCGCUGUCCUGAUGGUAUCUCCAUUCCCGAGCUGAGAGAAGCAUGUGACUACCUCUGCAUCUCCUUCGACUACAGCACCAUCAAGUGUAGAGACCUCAGUGCACUCAUGCACGAGCUGUCCAACGAUGGGGCGAGGCGUCAGUUUGAGUUUUACUUAGAGGAGAUGGUGCUGCCUCUGAUGGUGGCCAGCGCCCAGAACGGAGAGAGGGAGUGUCACGUAGUGGUCCUGACUGACGACGACGUGGUGGACUGGGACGAGGAGUACCCUCCGCAGAUGGGAGAGGAGUAUUCUCAGAUUAUAUACAGCACAAAACUGUACAGAUUCUUCAAGUACAUAGAGAAUCGUGACGUUGCCAAAUCAGUAUUAAAAGAAAGAGGACUUAAGAAAAUCAGACUAGGAAUUGAAGGUUACCCCACCUACAAGGAGAAGGUGAAGAAACGUCCCGGCAGCCGGCCAGAGGUAAUCUACAACUACGUCCAGAGGCCCUUCAUCCGCAUGUCCUGGGAGAAGGAGGAGGGCAAGAGUCGCCAUGUUGACUUCCAGUGUGUGAAGAGCAAGUCCAUCACCAACCUGGCAGCUGCCGCUGCAGACAUUCCCCAGGACCAGCUGGUCAACAUGCACCCUGGUCCUCAGGUGGAUGAACUGGACAUCCAGCCUCAGCCAAGUUAUCACUACGAGCCAGACCCAGAAGCCCCCUCACCGGCUGUCUGAGACUGGGCCCCCGUCCCCCUCCACUCCCCCCUCUUCUCCCUCCACAGAGCACUGUAGUGACAAGCAAGUUGGGCAGCAGAAACCACAUUGCCUUUACAAGCCUCAAAAGAUAACUGGUAUAUACUGUCAAUAGCCAAGGAAGGAGAAGCAAAGCACACAGUAAACGAUUGCCUCAUUGCACUGUCUGCACUGUUUUUUUAACUAACCAAAGGAGAUUUAUUUUUAUUAAGAAUAUUUGACGUAUUCUUUUCAUUUUGAAGGGGGGAAAAAGCAGAUUAUAUCACAAUAAACUUGUCUGUGGGUCCUCAUGUGAUGAGGUGUGUGUGUGGUGCUGCUGUGUAGUUACAGUACAGUAGUUCCUAAAGGGAUUGGUUUUCUCCACUUCCCCUGCCCCUGGUGAUGUGGUAUGGCGGUGCGGAUUUAGAAUCUUACUAUAGGUACUCCACCACCAGAGAAGCCUCGCUGUGAUGCUUUGGUCUCAGAAUAAAUACAUUUGUAUUCAUCUCA